AUGGCUAAAUUUUUACAACGUCUCUUUAGCGGUGGGUCAUCAACUAAUAAAAAUUCAUUGCAUAGUUCACAAACAUCAUUAAAUAAUAGUGGAAAAUUGAGACAGGGUGGUACAAUUGGUGGCAGUUUAGAAAAUUUAGCAUCUUAUCAUAUCAAAACAAAAGAUUUAGAAAAAAAUAAAUUACAUAAAGCAUCGUGGGAUGGAAAUCUACAUAAAGUACAACGUUUAGCAAAACCGGGUGCAAUUAAUAUACGAGAUCAAGAUAAACGAACUCCUCUUCAUUUAGCCAUUGUUCGUGGUCAUUUGAAUAUUGUCAAAUAUUUGGUACAAGAAGAUGCUCAAUUACAUUUGACUGAUAAUGAAAAUCGUACACCGUUAAUUAAAGCUGUAUUAAGCGGUAAUCAAAAUCCAAAAUUAAAUUAUGAAAUUGUCAAAGAAUUGAUAUUUGUGGGAGAUGGUGGUCAAUUUAUCAAUGCCGUUGAUUUAAGUGGAAAAAAUGCAUUACAUUAUGCUAUUGAACUUAAUAGAUUAGAUUUGGUACAAUUAUUUACACACGAUAAACGAUGUGAUGUUAAUUUUCAAGAUCGAGACUUUCAAACACCAUUACAUUUAGCUAUAAAAGUUCAAAAUUUACAAAUACUUAAUCAAUUGCUAUUGGCUCAUGCUGAUCCAAAUGUAAAAAAUCGAAAUGGACAAACACCGUUAAUAUUAGCAACAUCACUGAAUUAUAUAGACACUGUUAAAAUAUUAUUGGAAAAUAAUGCUGAUACACAACUUGUUGAUAAUCAACAAAUGAAUGCUGUGGACAUAGCCAAGAAACAUCAUCAUAAUAGUUGUGCUCAAAUAAUUCUUGAGUAUGAUAAACAGCAAAAGGAUCAAGAAUCAAGAAAAAAGUCAGUACCUAGUAUCCAACAACAAUCAAUUAGUGAACGACACGGCCUAACAUUAAAUCCUAUGGGUAAUGAUAGUAGUGAUGAUAGUUCAUCGUCAGAUGAAGAAACGAAGGUAAAAACACAGAGUGUCGGUGGUGAACAGUCUGAUGAUAAUACAAUUUUGACUGGUAAGGAACAACAGAAGGGACUUGGAUCUUUAAUGAAAAACAUUCCACUACAACAACCAAGUGUUGACAAAAUACAUCAAGUGAAUAAUGAUAAUAAGAAUAGAAUUACAAAUGCAGCUAAUACUGUUAAACAGUCAUCGUCUACUUUUGAUAUCAAAUCCAUAACAAAUCGAAACAAAGAAAGUGACGAUACGUCUAUAAGUGCACAUUUUCCAGAAAAACCAAUGGUUGCAACAAAAAUGAAUGAUACUUACGCUGCACUAGUUGCUUCUACACCACUUAGUGAUGCUAUCAAAACGCGAUCCUCUUCAUGGUCAGAUGAAGUCGACGAUUCAAUACAUCAAGGAAGUCCUCACACGAUUGUUCGUCUACAGAAUAAAAAGAAAAGCGAAACUUGGGAUGAUGACAGUGGUACGUCAUCUCCGUCUUCGUAUUCAAGGGGCAAAAAUAAAACGACUCAUAAAUCUGAUCAAUCAAAACCAACAAAAACCACUGUUUCAAGUUUAGCCAGUACGUUACCAUUUAUCCUAAAUUCAGCAAGUGUAUUCAAAACAGACCAGCAAAAUGAGCAGAUGUAUGUGAGCGACGAUGAUGAUCCGAUUGAAGAAGAAGUAAGAAAUAAAAUCGCCUCUCCAAGACAAAAUAAUAAUAAUAAUACAAACGAGAAUAACUGGAAUACAAUGAAUCAGUUAACAGCAUCAACUAACGGUGUUAAUUUAUUCAAUAAAAAUAUUACAGGUAAAGAAUAG